CCCGGGGACUGGCAGAGAGAGGCGGCACAGCCUCGUAUACACAGCAGGCAGAGGGGAAUAAAGAGGCAAUAUGGCGAGGAUGCCUGGCAGCGGCGACUGCAACCCGGGCACCGCAGACAGCGACCCCCUGCACGCCCAGCCCCGGUCGGCUCAGCACCGCUUACAGCCUGGCAGCGCGGGCGAGGAGGACGAGGAGGAGGAGGAAGAAGAAGAGGAGGAAGAUGAGGAUGAGAUCCAGGAGGUGCAGAUCACCGGGGAGGAUGAGGACGACGAGCUGCUGCUGCUGGAGGAGGACGAGCUGGAGGAGGACGAGGACGAUGACAUCCAGCUGGAGUGGGAGGACGGGGCGCUGCUGGAGAGUCCCUACGGCCGGCCGCCUGGCAUCGUCCCGCACCCCUCUGGCCAGCGCCCGCUGCUGCCGCCCGGCAUGCGCCCCGGGAUGGUGGCGGACGAUGUGGAGCCCAUGCUGCUGCAGCUCGGGGGAGCGGGGGGCGGCGUGGACGGGGCCUGCUGUGCGGGCUCCCCCUCCUCGGAGCGCCCCGAGCGUGCCCGGCUGAGCGAGAACACCCGGCUGGCCACCCGCUACGCGGUGCGCAUCUUCCGCGAGUACCUGAGCGAGAAGGCGCAGAGCCCGGACUUCGAGAGCAUGGACAAGGAGGCGCUGUGCCGGGUGCUCCGCUCCUUCUACGCCGAAGCUCGGUCCAAGAGCGGCCAGCUGUACAGCAAGUCUUCCCUCAUCAGCAUCCGCUCGUCCCUGAACCGCUACCUGAACGAGCCGCCCUACUGCCGCACCCUAGACCUCACCAAGGACCCCGAGCUGCGGAGCGCCAACCUUACUCUGGCCGCGGUCAUCCGCAAGCUGGAGGAGCAGGGCGCGGGGCCGGUGGUGCAGAAGCAGGCGAUCACCCGCGCGGACCUGCGCAAGCUCUACACCUCGUGCGUCUUCAGUGCGUCCACACCAUUCGGGCUCCUCAACAAGGUCUGGUUCGAGACUUGCAUGUACUUCUGCACCAGGGGCCGGGAGAACCAGAGGGAGUUGGAGGAGGACUCCUUUGGCCUGGCCAUGGAUGAGGAUGGGAGACGCUUUGUCUACUUCAAGGCCCUGGGGCCCUACCACAAGUCACGCUCUUCGUCUUGGGGCAAGAAGCGCGGAGGAGGGCCCGGCGGAGCGGCCACCACCGACAGCGACGAGGAGAACCUGCCCCGUAUGUACGAGACUGGCACAGAGUUUUGCCCCUAUGCCAGCUUUGUCAAAUACCUGGCCAAGCGCAACCCACUGUGUAAAGCCUUCUUCCAGCGUCCUCGGGACCACUGCAGCGAGGCCGAUGUCACCUGGUACGAGAACAAGGCCAUUGGUAAGAACCUCCUGGGCACUCGCAUGCAGAUGCUCUCUAAGGCCGCUAAACUGUCCAAGACUUACACCAACCACUGCAUUGGUGCUGUGUCUGUGGCUACGCUUAACAGCAUAGCUGGCAUUGGUACCAAGCUGGGCCCCCCGUACUUCAUGGACAAUAUGAACGGUACCAGGCACAAGUCAGCACAGGCCGCUGGCAACUCUUACAUUCUACCCAAGCCCAGCAACAUGCCCGACCUCAAGCCCGAGCUACCUGCCAAGAGGCCGCUGUACGAGGCCAACCCCCCUGGAGAAACGUACAGCCCACCUUCCCCAAAAAGACUAUGUGUGCGGCCUGUAGAGUCCUCGGACUGUGUCCUGCUGGUGUCUGUCAAGAACGACUCUAAGCCCCCCUGUCCAGAGACCAAUGGUCAUAUGGUGCUGGCGGCCUCCCCUGCGGUAACCUCCCCUGCAGUGCUCUCCCCUGUACAGGACACUCGACCCAACAUGUCAAGACCUCUGAUCACCAGAUCACCUGCCUCACCUCUGAACAAUCAAGGCAUCCCCACUCCUGCACAACUCACAAAGUCAAAUGCACCAGUUCACAUUGAUGUCGGUGGACACAUGUACACAAGCAGUUUGGCAACUCUUACGAAGUACCCAGAAUCUAGAAUCGGAAGACUGUUUGAUGGAACGGAGCCCAUUGUUUUGGACAGUUUAAAGCAACAUUACUUUAUUGACAGAGAUGGCCAAAUGUUUCGUUACAUAUUGAACUUUCUCCGCACAUCAAAACUUCUCAUCUCUGACGACUUCAAAGAUUACACACUGUUGUAUGAAGAGGCCAAGUACUUUCAGCUUCAGCCCAUGCUCCUGGAACUGGAGAGGUGGAAGCAGGACAGGGAAGCUGGACGGUUUUCCAGGCCCUGUGAGUGCUUGGUUGUUAGAGUUGCCCCAGAUCUUGGUGAAAGGAUCACGUUGAGCGGAGACAAGUCUUUAAUAGAGGAAGUUUUUCCAGAAAUUGGGGAUGUGAUGUGUAAUUCGGUUAACGCGGGCUGGAACCACGACUCGACACACGUUAUUAGAUUUCCGCUGAAUGGAUACUGUCACCUCAAUUCCGUUCAGGUGCUGGAGAGGUUGCAGCAGCGUGGAUUUGAAAUUGUGGGAUCAUGUGGCGGAGGAGUUGACUCUUCUCAGUUUAGUGAAUAUGUACUGAGACGAGAACUGAAAAGGACAUCUCGCGCACCCUCUGUCAUUCGAAUAAAGCAGGAGCCAUUAGAUUGAACAGACACUUUUCUUAUGCAAAAUUGGACAAUUUCUGUGCAGUUGGGACACAGUUCCCAUAAUCGACACUGAUUUAAAGACAUUUUUGUCACCUCAAAAGACAUUAAGAGCUGUUACACAGCGGCAUCAGGAAUACACGACCGGAUGGCAACUGCAGGAUGCUCAAAUAAUAAACUAUAAAAUUAUGAAAAGGGUACUGUAAUACUACACUUUAUCCCUCUCUUCCCCAAGACAAAAUACACCCGAAAAUAUACCAUAAGAUGAUUUAUGUUCAUAGUUUGUAUUCUGUUCAUUUUAUAUUUUUAGCCAAUGAAAAUGAUCCUUCAAAGAUUAGAAGAGGGUAAAGACACAAAAGGGCCACUUCAGUUGUAAACGAAAGGGAGCAUAACAUAAUACUUAUUUUUAGGUUAUUUAUAAAAAAAAAAAAAACAACUAGGAGGCUAUUUAUAAAAACUAUGUAAAAGUGAAAGUGCCCCCCAUAUCAACCAGUUUUACAUUUUGGACCUGUUUUAGAGAUUUUACCACUGGUUGACUGUCAGAGGCAAUGCUACUGGCAGGUGAUAUAGGUCAGCUUACUGCGUUAAUACAUUUUAUACAUUGGUUAUGCCCACCCCUUUUAAUUUAUCUACAACAAAUUUAUGAUCUGUAUCUGAUCUUAAUUUAUAAUGGGUUUAUGAAAACUCUUAAACGGUAAAAAUAUCUGGUUAACCACUAGGCAUUUGUUUCUGGGAAACCUAUCCCCUGUAUGCAUUCAAAUUUUAUUUAUGUUGUUACAAGGCCGCUUCUGUAGACCAAACCCCAUCUACCCCAGUUGGCAUUACAAGAAAUGUGGACUAAAAAGCUUUUACUACUUUAAUCUUUUUUUUGACUUGUAAUAUCUGCCCAGUUUCUACUGUUUUGCUUUUGCACUUAGAACCAUUUCAUUUGAGAUGGAGGAUGAGCCAUUGGUAACCUUGCUACAACCAGUGAGCUUAUUUCCAGCUAUAUAUAAGUAUGGGCAUAGCAGCAUUAGGCAUUUCCUACAAGUGUAUUGCAUAUCCUCCCGGUUUAUUGCGCUUUAGUGAGGAUGGUGAAACUACCCAUGCUCUGUCUCACUGCACAGUGACGGGAAGACACAUAAUCGCAAACACAAGCUCAUCCUCCAAAGCUUCAGAACUAUGGGAGGUUGUACUGAGUAGCAAAAGAGUGCAAACAAAUGUGAAUGCUGGAAUAUUUGGAGGUGUAAUUUCUCAAGAACAUUUAGUUUUUGGCCACUAAUUAGGCCGCAUUCACAUAUUGACUUGCGCCUCCGAGGCAUGGAUACAUCGGCAGCCUGUCAAAAUCUGCUACCCGCAUAUCUGAGCUAGAAUCGGUAUGGGUCCCCUUCAACGUAGCUCAUAAUUAAAUUAUUGACUACAUGUGGUUCAUUUUCUGCGCACAUAUGAGUUUCAAGGGGUACUCCGCUGCCCCAUCGUUAGGAACAUUUUGUUCCUAAUGCUUGGAGUGGGCGUCGUGAUAUCACGACCUCGCCCCCUCAAUGCAAGUCUAUGGGAGGGGGCGUUAACGCUGGGUGCUGCACAGAGAUUGCGGGGUUACCAGCUGCGGGACCCCCACCAUCAGACAUCUUAUCCCCUAUCCUUUGGAUAGAGGAUAAGAUGUCUAGGGACGGAGUACCCCUUUAAGCUUGGAUUGAAAAGCUUAACACACCCGACUUUUCAGUUCGAGCCCCAAAUGAUUAGUCACUAGAUGACUACAUUCAGAUCAUUGAAUUGAAUGGUUCUGAUGCCAAUCUGAACACACAUGUCAUAAGCCGAUUUUGAAUGCUGAUGUGUCCAUGCCUCAGAGGCAGAAAUUCUUCUGUGAACUUCUUUCAAUUUAAUACCAAUUUUUUUACUGCUUGGAAACAAUAGAGUAUGGUAAAAAAUUGUGGGAUUACCCCUUUAAAUAAGAGUAUAGUACGACGACUGGUGACAUUGUGAAACUUUUCACGCCAAAAAUGACUGACCAUGGUUCUACACAGACCUGUUAUCAUAGAACUGGUUUUAAUUGAAUUGAUGGGUCCCAAAAUUAAGUAAAACGUAGUCACAGGUAUGCAACAGGUUCAUGAUAACAUGAGUGUUUAGAGAAUUCUCACCCACAAAUAACCGGCUCAACCCGCAUGAAAGGGGUUCUACCUGACUACUGGAUCGGCCAUCAAUAUCAGAUUAGUGGGGGCUCUUAGCACACCUGCGGAUAAGCUAAUGUAUGACACCUUUUCAUUCCUUACCAGACAGAGCUUUGUACGUUUGGCUGUGCCUGGUAUUGCAAUAGCUGAUAUUGAUAUGUGUAGUCCCGGAGAACCUCUUUAAGUAUUUAUUGUGGUCUACCAAACUUAUUUAUGGAGUACUGCUUGGAACAAGAGUAUAUCAAGAGGCUAUAACUUACACAUCUUUUGUUGUAUUUCGAAUACAGUAAAAACAAAAGGGUCGGAGACAUGGGAAAAUGAUACAAUUUUCCUUCGAAAAGCUUUAUUCUUUCAUCUCUAUAUAUAUUCUGAAAAACAAACGGGCUAUCUGCACCUUGAUAACUAUUAUUCUUCGUUCUAAAACAAAUCUAAAAUAAACUAAAGCAACUUUUAUAAAAUAGUUUUAAAAAACUUUGUCCUUGGUGUAUACAGCUCCUAUGCAGUCAUGUGCUCCGAGGUGUUCCACUUUCUUGCCAACCUCCUCCUGAGCACUGUACAGUAAUCUGUGGUCAGAGCUGGUUAGUGUUAUUCACUUAAAAUGUUAUAAAUCUCUAGGAAGAACCUGUUUCUGCAUAUCUCAUGUCAGAGCGAGAAAAGGAACGGGGGGGGGGGGAGAGACACUGAAUACAUGAAACACUGGCUGUAGAAGUGUUUCCCAACUAGUGUGCUUCCAGCUGUUGCAAGAGCUGGAGGCACUCUGGUAGAGAAUUGAAUGGGAGAGAGCAUGUGACUAAAGGAGUACUCUGGCGAAAAUUUACUUUUCGACUAUCCACAUGAUAGAGGAUGAGUAGCUGAUUGCUCAGGGUCCAACCGCUGGGGCCGCCCAUGAUCUGGACGGGACCCCGACUCACUCAGUGAGGAGAACGCACACGCUCCAUUAAUUUCUAUGGGAGUGCUAAUGAUGCUCGAGAGCUGUACUCUGGUCUUUUUGCCACUCCCAUUAAAAAAUGAAUGGAUCUUGUGCUGUCUGCAGCAGGCGCUCCUCACUGAGUGCCGGGUCCUGUCCCAGUGAUCGAAGGGGGCCCCAGCAGUAGGAACCCUCAUCAGCUACGUAUUCCCUAUCCUGGUGAUAGGGAAUAAGUUAGUUUUUGCCAGAGAUCUCCUUUAGCAGGAAACACCCACCAAAGCCUGAACCUGCAGCUUUAUAAAAAAAAAAAGGUAAAAAAUCUUACAUAAAAAUUUAUUUUAUUAUGUCAAGGUGCAUAAAGCCUAUAUCAUGACAAGGUGCAUCUGGCCUUUAAAGGAAAACUGUCAGCCAGUUCACCCACACUAAACUCAAUGCACUGGGUGAUAGUGUGGGUGAACUGGAGUCCAGCGAGGGGGUCACUUACUUUAGUGAGUGCCCUGGCAUCCGAGUUGUCCCCUGCUAAAGUUCUGUUUGUCCUCUGUAGUAGUGCUUUGAAGGCGGUCCCCGGCGUCCAUAUUUCUUUGGGUCCCGGAGAAAGGGGCCUAAGCCCGUCCCCGUGGUUGGCAUAUUCAUUUUUUUUCACAUGCCCCCGGAGCACAGCGCUCUGUCUGCGGAAUGCAUGCGCUUGAAGAUUUUACGCAGCUCUCAUGUCCUAUUGAUGUGAGAGCUGUGUGUCCCCGGAGAGCGCUCUGCGCAGUGUAACUGCACAUGCGCCGGACCCUUGCUACAGAAGUCUGGAGUAAAGAGGGCCGAAAGUUACACUGCACAGAGUGCUCUCCGUGGACGCACAGCUUUCACGUCAUCAGGACGUGAGAGCGGCGUAAACAUUUUCAAGCGCUGCACUCCGGGGCAUGUGAAGAAAAUGAACAUGCAAACCAUGGUGGCGGGCUUAGGC